GCAAUAUUUGUGCAGCUGUGGCACUGUCAUCAUUGAAGUAAUACCGUUUCUGUGUGUACUGAACACAUAUUUACUCAUCAUUCGAUCGAAUCACAAAUUAUACGCAGAUUAUCCGGAAAUCUUCCUUCCUUAAGCUUCAAGUGUGGCCCUGAGCCCUGCUAUCGAUUGUUUCCUAUCGACCACAACCUGUUCACAAUGGGUAUGAACGUAAGUCGGCACGUUGAUCUAGCUGAGAACGAGUAUCUGCAGCGGUUUGUUGGCAAGGAGCACAUCCCGGUGUACAACGAUGAGUUUUGGAAUAAUUUUCUACAGUAUCACAUCAAUUUGCCAACAAAUAGUCAGGAACAGUUAAGUUUGGAUUCUAGAUUGGAAUCGCUCUGCCAGAGUUUUAUUUGUCAUAAUCUUUCCACCGGAAAUUUUGGAUCUUUGAUAAGCCUGUAUCUCAUCAAAGUGGCUGAGCUACUAGCUUUGUCAGACGCCGAGAGCACGGUUCAUAUCUGGCAGGCAUUCAAUGCAUUGUUUAUUAUUCGUUGUUUGAUUAAGUACAUGAUCGAAACUGGCUCGGAAUAUCAGUUGAUGCAGCAUUUCGAGGCGACUCCAAUGAAAGAAAGUUUACUGCAGCUACAUCAGAAUGACUCUAAACAUCCCAAAGGUGCGAGUGGCGAGUCACUGGCUGUGACUGUGGAUUCCCGAGUCAUUCUAGAAACAAAAGCGGCUGUAGCUAAGCUAGUCGAUGGCAGCAAGUUUGAAACAUUUCUGGAGGCGCUGGUUAACAUCAUCGUUGUGAUUCCGGUGAAAGAAUUCACAUAUCACCUGCAUCUGGAAGCUGUAAAUUGUUUGAUAGUACUUCUAUCGGUUAGUCAGUUCUCCCAACAUGGAACAGACAAGUCAACUAUAUUCAGGACUAUCUACAAAUGUCAACACGCAAACACACUGAUGAGUGCCCUGCUGCACUUUCUGAGCCGCAUGAUGCAAGCUCCCUCGACGAUGUUUGGUUUUGGCAGCGGUGGCUCGUUCGUGUUUGGAAUAGCCGAAUCUUUGUGGUCCAUUUUAACGUUCGCUCGGAAGCAGCCAGAUAUUUUAGCCGCUCACGAUUUGCCGACAGCCUUUAAGGAGCACUAUCCUUUGGCUAAUCAGAGUUUGCUUUUGAUUUUAAUUUUGACUAAUCACUGCACCACAAAGGAAAACCCCUACCGGAUUAGCCUGUUUGGGUGUUCGGAUUCGCAGGAUUCUCCAAAAGAUGCGGAGGCGACUUUUAAAAUUGACUUUUCUUCCCUCUACAAUACGUUGUGUCGAAUCGUGACCAUAGAUCAGGCUACAUUGCUACUGUAUUUGUUGUUGCAUCGAAACCAAAGGUUCUACAAGUAUGUGAUGGCUCAGCAGAAUUUGCAGCAGUUGGUGAUUCCAAUAUUACAAACUCUAUACCAUGCUCCCGAUAGUACUUCUCACCACAUCUAUAUGUCGUUAAUUGUGUUGUUGAUUUUGAGUGAGGAUGAUAAUUUUAAUAAAACCGUACACCAGAUCAUACUUAAAAAUAUUACUUGGUACACGGAGCGGUCGAUUAGUGAAAUAUCGCUCGGUGGUCUGCUCAUUUUGGUGGUUAUUCGGACGAUACAAUACAACAUGUUAAAAAUGCGCGACAAGUAUCUGCAUACCAAUUGUCUGGCUGCACUAGCGAAUAUGUCGGGGCAGUUCCGCUCGCUUCAUCCGUACGUGGCCCAGCGGCUUGUUAGUCUUUUCGAAACAUUGGCCAAAAAACAUGUCCGUCUCGAUCAGCAGUUGAAACAGUCGGUGAAUGGACAAGCCGGAGAGUUGGCUGUCAGCAUCACAGCGCCUACCUCGGAUGAUAUGUUACAGGAUCUCUCGGUGCUUGAGGAAGUACUUCGGAUGGUUCUGGAAAUUCUCAACUCUUGUCUAUCUCACCAGCUGGUCUACUGUCCGAACCUGGUGUACACGCUUCUGUAUAAGCGAAAUGUUUUUGAGGCCUUCAGAAGUCAUUCAGCGUUUCAGGAUAUCAUCCAGAACAUUGAUAUGGUUGUGGGAUUUUUUUCAUCCAGACUAGUUCGGGUCCAGGACCAACGGGGUGAACUUGGUGUUAACGAAGUGCUCGAAGUGAUAUCGAAAGGAGCUAGUCAGUGGUCCAGUGACCGGUUAAGGAAAUUUCCGGACCUUAAGUUUAAGUACGUCGAAGAGGACGCACCGGAAGAGUUUUUCAUUCCUUACGUCUGGACUCUAGUAUGUAAAACGGGCUGUGUUCACUUUAGUUCCGAAUCAAUCAAAAGUGUAACUACAGAGAUCAGCUGUUAACGGGCUGUCGCGGGUGCUUCUUCCAUCAGAACUCAUUAAUCGCGUUUCUGCAAUUCUUAGCUAUAGUGUAAUACGAGUGCAGAUCCGUGUACUAACAGAUCUUGCGCGACACAUCCUGGAUCCAGCCCUAUAGCUAUAGGCCUAUCAAUAGUGGCAAAUUCAAGCAAGAUACGAAGCCUGAUUUGUAUCUGCAAGGAAACUAGAGACGUGACAAAUUUGCAGAUACGAAGCAUACAUAUUUUUCUUUCGGAUACAGUUUGCAGCAUUCCUUGGCUAUUUGUUUAAAUAUGUUUUUAGAUUAUUGUUUUCAACGAGAAACGAAAAAAAAACGAGCUCAAACUGUAAAGCAUUUCUGUACAUAAAUGUAAACCCUCCUUUAGAAAGAUUCCUACCUUUAUUUACAAAACAUUUUUUUUUUGCUUUCUAAGCAACAGUAAGGUUCAUUUGCACUGUGUAAUAGUUUAGUAUUAACGUUAGUUUUAACUAAAAUGAACUGAUUGUAAUUAUUAUCGAAAUGUUUGAAAUAAAUAUAUAGUUUACCAAUAACACUGAA